UACAGUUUGUGAAUGAAUAAUCAAAAAUAAUAAUUGAAGGAGGAGAAAGAGAGAGGCGGUACAGACUACAGACAGCAAAGUCAACAGGAAAGAAGUCUGCCCUUGUGGCAGCUUUUUUAUUUUUUUCUCUUCUGCACUGGCGAGGAACACAACAAAACGGUUACAAAUUCGGAAAAAUAAACACCAACACCAGCGAUUCCUCUCAUACUUGUAUUAGUUUAUUAUCUCUUUCGUAUUCGUCUUCCCAGAGUAGAAAGUUUUUACAUGUUGAUUCUCGCUUUCCCUCUUUUCUUUUUCUUUUAUUUUCAAUUAUUGUUUAUAUUACUUGUGCGAUCGAAGAACAAGAAGAACUUCAACAGCAUGGAUAGCCCAAGUCCUCUCUGCCCUUGCACUCGCUUUCGAUUCUGAAACAAGGAGAUUGGUGCCAGAUCGGUAAGAGAAAUUCCGAGUUUAUGAAAUUCUGGUCGAAAUCGUUGUUUUUCUCAGUGGGUUCUGCCUAAAAUUUCCAUUUGAGAAUAUAAGAAUAGAUAGAUGUUGAGAAUUUGGUGGAAGAAGUAGAGGUGGUGCAGGUUUAUAUGGAUAGGUUGUGCUGCUUUUAUGAUGCCUAUUCUGAGCUUGUAGGAGUGCGUUCCUCAUGUGGCUCCGGUAAGGGGAGAAGCCAUCGAGGUCCAAUCAAGUAUGGAUUCAGCCUCGUGAAAGGUAAAGCAAAUCAUCCCAUGGAGGAUUAUCAUGUUGCCAAGUUUGUCCAGGUUAAGGGUCGUGAACUUGGAUUAUUUGCUAUUUAUGAUGGCCAUUUGGGAGAUAGUGUGCCUGCAUAUUUACAGAAGCAUUUGUUUGCCAAUAUUCUAAAGGAGGAAGAAUUUUGGACUGACCCCAGUAGAUCCAUUUCAAAAGCCUAUGAGAGGACUGACGAAGCAAUUCUUUCCCACAGUCCCGAUCUGGGACGAGGUGGAUCAACCGCAGUUACUGCAAUACUUAUAAAUGGUCAGAAGUUAUGGAUAGCCAAUGUUGGAGAUUCACGGGCAGUUCUUUCAAGAGGGGGACAGGCAAUACAGAUGAGUACUGAUCAUGAGCCUAACACUGAACGAGGAAGCAUAGAGGAUCGAGGUGGAUUUGUCUCAAACAUGCCAGGGGAUGUCCCAAGAGUGAACGGCCAGUUAGCAGUUUCUCGUGCUUUUGGAGACAAGAGUCUUAAAUCACACUUGCGAUCAGAUCCUGACAUACAAAAUGCAGACAUUGAUUCUGAUACUGAUCUUCUCAUCCUUGCAAGUGAUGGUCUAUGGAAGGUUGUGGCCAAUCAGGAGGCAGUUGAUAUUGCAAGAAAAAUCAAGGACCCACAGAAAGCAGCCAAGCAACUAACAGCUGAAGCAAUAAAUAGAGAUAGUAAAGAUGAUAUAUCCUGUAUCGUUGUUCGAUUUAGUUGGUAAAGCAUGAAGGUGCAAUUUAUCCUUAGCUGCUGCUUUGCAUAUCUUAGGAAUCUCCAUUAGUGGAAUGCCAAUCUAUAGACGACACCAGCCAUGAGACUUGUGCCUCAGUGGGGUGGUCCUCACAGUAUCCAGCAGAAUUACGAAAUUACUCUGAACAAAGGUUAUAUUGCUUCGCUUCCCGCUGUAAAUUUUUUUCUUUUUUUUUUUCCUUUUCCUAGGUUGUGGGCUUUGAUAUUGUUUGAUUUCUUCAACAUUUAUUAGCAAUCUGUUGUACACCAUCAGUUUUUCCUUCUCUUUUUUAUUCUAAUUUCUAUUUCCAUGAAAUCCAUGAUGCAAUAUAGUGGACAGACGGAUUAUUUGUGAUAAUUAAUGGAAAGUCUGGUUUUGUUGUUCA